AUGAAAGAGGAACGUGAAUCAAGUAUGGAGCGCGGAGAGAAGGUAUUUGCAGCGGACCGAUCACUACAGGAAGAACCAACCGCAAACCUUUAUCAUCACCAAUCUUCUUCUAAAUUCGCAAUGCUAAUGCUGCGAACGUCGCGCCGCGCAGUGCGUCUCGUGGAGGCUCGUUUUGGCAACACGGCGGGCCUCCAAAGGCUCUCAUUCGACUUCAGCAGUCGUCGCAAUGCUGAAUUCAAUGGACCGCUUGGGAUUCGCCACUUCAGCUCAUCCCAGUCUGAUGAUGAGGCGCAUAAGGCACGGGGGGAGGAAGCAGAUAAGCUCACACAGGACAAAGAGUCUCUAGUUGGAGAUCAAGUGUACCAGGCGCCCAUGUCGCGCGCUGUGCGUCUGAUGAAGGCUGUGUCGGUCACCAGCUGCACCCUCACGUCUAUCGGCAUGCCCGUGCUCUGUGUACUCAGUGAGCAGGACACGUCCACUGUCGGCAAGUGGGCAAUGUGCGGCACCAUCAUGUUGUUCGGUUUUGGCUCGACCUCGCUCUUCCACUACCUGUUCAAGCCGUACGUGAUGCGGAUGUGGCUGACGGAUGCUUCCCAAGCUCCCACUGCGGAUACGAACGAUGACGCGACUGUGACGGUGGAGACCGUGACGUUGUUCGCGCAGCUGGAGCAACACUCGUUUCGACUGUCUGAGGUGUCGCCACCUACCCAAGCGAUGCACCCGAUGAUCUCGUUCCAAGCUCGUGGCCGUCACUACUUCAUCCACCCCGAGGCUUUUGAUGACCAAAACCUGCUGAACAAGCUGAUCGGAUCAGGAAAGCGCAAGUAAUUUACGUGCGCGUACUUGUUAGCGCAACGUAAUGGCCCACUAGAAUAUACUACUUGUCGUAGCUGUUCAACGCAUCUUCACUGUCCACCCGGGUGUCAUUUUGUAGCACGCAUGGUGGAUCGGCUUCUGAUGCUGCCACAGCCGCUCCGUCUUCACUUUCGUCCUCCUUGUCUGAAAGAUCAGGCACGGACUCCAUUUCCUCGGAAAUUUCGCUUUUGAAGCAGAACGUAUUCGUGUGAGUAUCAGCCACAACAACAAAAAGCAGCACACACAAUAUUUUUACCUGGCA